GUUACAUGUUAAUCACUUUUGUGGGUUAAGGGUUAACAAAUGCACAGCUAUACAUAGUUCAAGUCUUAAACCUUUAUCUCUUGACCUGAAGUCCACAGCAUCUCAGACAUAAUGUGAAAUAAUCUGCUUACAUUUUAUUCCUUUACCUCAUGCAGUAACGGCGUACAGCCCUCUAGGGUCACCUUAUCAUCUGUGGGCAAAACCUGGAGAUGCCUACCUUUUGGAUAAUCCCAAGAUGGUGGCGAUUGCCAAUAAAUAUGGCAAGUCUCCUGUACAGGUCUGCAUCUGCUUUCAGAUACAGCGUGGUUUGUCUGUUAUACCCAAGAGUGUUACUCCUGCUCGCAUUAAGAGCAACUUUGAGGUUUCUGAUUUUCACCUGUCUGAUGAAGACAUGAAGGUUAUUGAAUCCUUUAACAGACCUUGGAGAGCUUGUAUUCCAAUGAUAGAGGUUGAUGGCAAGAAAGUUCCAAGAGAUGCUGCCCAUCCUCAUUUCCCAUUCAAUAUACCAUAUUAAUAUCUCUUCUUUUUUGUGCUUAUUGCCCACAAAUAUUUACAUACUGACAACUUCUACUGUGGCCUUUUUUCCCUUUUUUUUUCCUCCUUGUUUGUGUUUUGAUAUAUCUUUCUGCACGUUAGUGAGGUGAAAAUUGGUUUAAAGAAUUUUUGUCAGGUGUUUCAAAAGCAUUUAAGAGUCAAAAUUGUGAUAUGAAAUUCUGGUGUUCAAAGCUUAACAUGCAGAGUAGCUCAGGAAAGAUACUAAAUACUUAAACAUGGUUUUGUGAAAAUAGUUAGAAUUUUAAAAUUCAACCAAGCAAUUUUCAAAUGAAGUAUUUUCUCAUAUAGUUUUAUGAUUAAUAAAUAAAAUAUGGAAUUUCAA